AAACCACAGAAUACGGUCAAGAAUUAGGUAACUAUGUACCCUUUGUGCUCUGAGGGAGAGGAAGAUGGGAUGAACAGGGGGUCCCAAGAGCCCCCCGACUCAAUUCUCAGGGGGUGGACCCGGGGCAGUCCAGAGUAAAGUCCACAGGGUGGACACAUCUGGGAUUGGAUGGAUGGUAUUAUAAAAUGUAACAUCUCAGGCACAGCCGGGGCAUGCGUCUUGUAACAUCUGAGCCUUGGCAAAAUAAACCCUUUCUUAUCUCACCCCUAAUUAACUGCUCCAGGAGAUAUUUUCAGCACUUAAAUUCCACGGCAACAUGUAUUUGGGAUAAACAACAACUUUAUGAUCUUAGGGCUUCAGCACAACUGGGUUGAACAUCGACUUCCACUUCCCCAAUGUAAUUGGUAGAAAUUCAACUCCAUUUCAAGGAAAGGGCCCUUAGAGAACGAGUGUUGUGUUAUGCAAGUGUAAUUUGCUCAAGGCACACGAAGCACAAAGUAUUUCCAAGUCAUGUUCACACAACUUCUCUCAUUCAUAGAGCUUUCACGUUCAUACAUAAGUGGCCACUUUAGUCAUUCCUUACCCAUGCAUACUUAGAAUUUUUAUUAUGCUUUUAUUUAAAUCACGUAGUUUGGGGUUUUUAGUGGUUAUUUACCACGGCCCGGUGCGGAAGGAAAUAGGGACGCGACACUGCACAGAGGGGUCCGACAAGGUGGAAGGUUGGGGUGCAAAGGCCACUUUAUUAAGAGGAACGAGAACUUAUAUAGGGUUCAGGUGAGGGAGGUCCGAUAACCGGGGCGGAGCAUAGGAUGGACAUCUCAGGGUACAACAGGACUGGGGAGUAGGGAGAAGGAGGGAGGAACCUGGGAGGAGUCAGGUGCUUGGGACCAAUGGAAGCUCACUCGGCACUGCAGCAUUUUUUGACCAAUCAGUGUGGGAUGAGCGGGAAAGCAGGAGAGAGCAAGGAAGUAAACAACUUUUGGCGGGAAACAACUGGGGACAAGUUCAGACAAGUCUGGGGUAAUACAAAUCAAGGGGGUUAGUACAAAAAUAUAUGUAUGGGUACAUUAAACUGUGUUCAGAACUGGGGUAAAAACAUGGAAGUCCAUAAGUUGUUGUUUUCCUCAAGCAUACAAGUGUUGGGGAACACAGGGCAGAGUGGGAAGAAUAUCAAGCUUGGCGAAAGAUCUACAGCCCUGAAUGAGACAAUAUUUCACUGGACUUUGCUAUUAUCACACCGGAUUUGACACUACCCUGAAUUGGACAGUUAUCCCCAGUUGUGUUCAGUUUGUUGUUGUAUUGUUAUACUGUUAUUUGUACCCCAGUUGUCGUUUUAAAAUUUUAUCCUCCAUGUUGUCUCCCUCUUCCCCUCACAGUUUUCCCGCCUUUUCCCUGUUUUCCCGCUCCUCUGCCUGCCAUUGGUUAGAGUUUGGUGCAGUGCAGAGGUAGCUCUCAUUGGUCCCUUCCCAUAGCUACGCCCAAACUCCUCCCCUCCUUACCCAGUUAUCCAAUCGCCCUUUCUCCUGAGUUGUCAGUCCCAUGCUCCUCCCCAGUUCUGAAUCCUCCCCUCAAACCUACCCUAUUUAAGUCCCUGAGUUCCUUGAAUAAAUUGGCAUUGCCUCACGAGAUCUCUACUGUGUCUCGAGCCCUUCUUGCAGUGCCCGAUCCCUUUCCCUUCCCCCACGGGUCGUGGCAAGUGGCGCCCAACGUGGGGCACAGUAGAGGUCUCUCGCAUCGAGGGAACUCCUGUGCCGUCGCUUGAGCUCAGGCAUCCCCAGGAGAGGGGAUUGCUCCGCCGGCCCUCCCCUGCAAAGCUGACAGCUUGGGCUCCUCAAGCCGCACGGGUUGCACGCCGGAACAGGUGAGCUGCAGGGGACAUUCACGACACCUCUACCCCACACCUUACCCCAGCAACUUAAAUUGAAAAGGGAGGAAUAGCACCUGGGAGUGUUGAGAAACCCAAUUAACAGCAUGGGACUCACACUCUCCACCUCCCAAAAAUAUGUUUAUCGCCGCCUCAAGGAUUUUGUUAUAGAGCACGGUCACCCUUUGGAUAAAAAAUCGGCGAAAGCCCUCGCCAGAUGGCUUGACCGUCACGGUCAUCAGGUUAACGAUAACACCACAUUCGACAAAUGGCAAGCCAUCGGAUUUCAACUAUGGCGAGAGAACGGCCAGGGUGACCGGCUUGCUAAAGAGGCGCUUAUUGCCUGGAGGCUUGUUCUGAUGGUGCUUCAGCACCAGAUGAUGAACAAGAAUGACAGCAGUAACAUCCAAGAAGCUGUAUCCUCCAAGUCCACAGAAGAAAAUAAAUCAUACACGGACAAAGACAUGGACAAGGACAUUAAACACACGGACACGGACACUUUGCAUUCGGACAAGGACACCGGGAGAGGGAAGAGGAACACCAGCUCUAACACACAAAACGGCGGGAGGGACACGGACAGUGAAUCACAAGAUGGCGGGAGGGGGCGAAGACGAGGAUCGCGGCGAUCACGAAAUGGCGUCGAGGAGGCGGGGCCCCGGGACGCACGGGAAAGAUCGAAGCGGGAAAAGCGGAGGCGGGCCCUUGUGGUUCCACCCACAGCGCCGUCUCCGCCCCCAUAUACGCGCACGCGGAGCCCCUCCCUAGACACGCCUUCCUCCACGCCCUCUUCCGCCACUCCGGACUCCUCCCCGGAACCCUCUCCCUCCCGGAAGUCGCGGGGUGCGGGAAGGGACGGCACUGGACUUCCAGCUGCCGGUCCCUUACCAACAUCAACGGUGAGCCUCUCCCUCCGCGCCGUUCACCUCGGUUACGAAAAAGGGUGACCUUCUCGUCACUACCGGACCUCCGGUCAUGUUCGGACGGGCCAAAGUGGGUCCCGGCCAGGAGAGUGAAGAUUCAUCGAGACUGAGCGGCAUUGAAACCGACAUGUUCCCACCUCGCUUCUUCGUCAUCUCCAGCAUUAUCAUCUUUGGACUCGUCCCUCUUGGCAACGCUAUACCCCUGUGGGAGUGGAUGAGCCAGCCUGGGGAGAACCUGUGGGUAACGCUGGCUAAGGCUACUGGCACGGACACCUUGUGCCUAGCCUUGGCCAGCGCAGGGAGUCCAUUCCGCACCUGCCUCGUAGGAGUUCCCAUCACCCCCAUGGAAUGGAACUCCUUCGUGUCCCAAACACGGAACAAGGGAGCCAUCCCACUCAACUCCCCUAACCUUGCCCAGACAAUCGCAGCACUUAAUUUCAUUGACAUCCCCUUUCAGGAAAUUGAUUUGUUAGGUUCACUCCCCACUACUGCUUGUGUUAUUUUUCACCGAUAUACACAACCCGUUUUGUUUACACCCCAUAAUGUCACGGCGAACAAACCCCUUUACCGUGGAACCACCUCGCCGUGGUGCAAUGGCUCGAUUGUUACCACUAUCCCUACAGAGCAUGUUCCCAGGAACAUGAAACUCCCAAAAGGAUAUUUCCUAUUGUGCGGGGAUCGGGCAUGACCAGGCAUUAGAGCCUACCCUGAGGGAGGACCCUGCACAAUAGGAAAACUAGCCUUGUUCAACCCGGCGAAAUUCCAAUUACAAGACCAAUUCGUCCUCUCAAAAAAUCGAAUCAAAAGGUCCCUUUCAUUCUCCAUGGGAGCACCCCUUCGAUUCCCCGGGUCCAAGUCCGCCGUCCCUAAAACUCGAUCGGAAUCUAAAGUUACCCCUUCACCAAUUUGACUCCAAAAUUCCCUCCCUGCACCACAUAUGAAUGUGGGAAAGCCGCAGUAUUGGCCCACUCCUCUGCCCUUCCCAGAGGACUGUGAUUCAAACAUUCAUAUCUGGUCCAGGGUGAAGAAUUUCUGUGCGUCCUUCCCUAUCCCCGGGAUAGGGACAGCACAUGCUCUCUCUCUGCUUACGCACCUUGGGUGCUGGUUGACCAAGGAAGCGAACGCAACAACCCAAGCGAUUGAGGGCCUGCUAGCGGACACCCAGAAAUUAAAAGAGGUGAGUUUACAAAAUCGAGCAGCCAUCGAUUUUCUUCUCCUGGCACACGGUCACGGGUGCCAGGAAUUUGAAGGGAUGUGCUGUAUGAAUUUUUCGGACCAUGCCGAAUCCAUUCACCAAAGUAUUAACCAGCUAAAAGGCCUGGUCCGGGAAAUUCAUCAGGACAAAGGCGAAGGACUCGAUAACCUCUUCGAUUGGCUAAAAAUACCAAAUUUACCCAGUUGGUCCCGGAAGCUUAUUAUUUUAUGUCUCAUUUCCCUUUUUGGUUUAGUUUCACUAUGUACCGUUUUACCUUGUUUGAUUCUUUUCCUAAGAAAGAUGCUGAUAUCGUCUGUUACUGCUAACACCGUUGCUGCGCAAUCAAACAAAGAAGGGGGAGAUGUUGGGGAACACAGGGCAGAGUGGGAAGAAUAUCAAGCUUGGCGAAAGAUCUACAGCCCUGAAUGAGACAAUAUUUCACUGGACUUUGCUAUUAUCACACCGGAUUUGACACUACCCUGAAUUGGACAGUUAUCCCCAGUUGUGUUCAGUUUGUUGUUGUAUUGUUAUACUGUACCCCAGUUGUCGUUUUAAAAUUUUAUCCUCCAUGUUGUCUCCCUCUUCCCCUCACAGUUUUCCCGCCUUUUCCCUGUUUUCCCGCUCCUCUGCCUGCCAUUGGUUAGAGUUUGGUGCAGUGCAGAGGUAGCUCUCAUUGGUCCCUUCCCAUAGCUACGCCCAAACUCCUCCCCUCCUUACCCAGUUAUCCAAUCGCCCUUUCUCCUGAGUUGUCAGUCCCAUGCUCCUCCCCAGUUCUGAAUCCUCCCCUCAAACCUACCCUAUUUAAGUCCCUGAGUUCCUUGAAUAAAUUGGCAUUGCCUCACGA